AAUGAAAUACGUGUAAUUUACGAUAAUUCAAAUAAUAGUCCUGGAGGUUCUUUGGGGAGCAAGACAUUCGCUGAUGACACUCGCAGGGUGGCAACUCUGAAAGCAGUUGAACUUAGAUCAAGAUUCUGAAAUCAAGACAAGGAAAAGGGAACAGGAAAGAAAGCACGAAAAAUUAAUAACACAACACACCCAUGACCUACCAGGGGCCCACCAGACACCGCCUGAAGCGGCAGUGAUGACGCGGUGAGGACUCAAGAGGAAAGUUACGCCGCAAAAUCAUAUGGAUAGCCACAUUGUCUCAAUCUUCCUUUGACUACAGCUCUACUCUCACUUUUCCACUAUAUAAUAGUGCUGUUAAAAUAAUAUAUUGGUAUUGAUACUAACGGUGCAAAUAGAUAACGCUAGAAUAAAACAAAAAAUUUCUACUGGGUAACUUGCUUUCCAUAGUCAUCACUGAUCAGCUUCUGUGAUCCUGUGUACCAGCACUCAGCCACCGUAACAGUCAUACCGUCCUCGCUGCUGUCACUCAAUAUGCUCUGGACAACACAGUCAAUGAAGGAGCAUGGUGUGACUGCGUCUCGUCCUCGGGCAGUGAGAAGCAUUGCGUCAGUCUUCGUACUGUUGGUGUUGCUGGCCGUGGUAGCGGCGCUGGCGUGCGUUUUUCUCUGGCAGGAGGAAACAGAUGCACUCAGUAACGUUACGUUUGAGGAUGUGUUGAAGGAGGUGUGUUCCAACCCUCACCUUCCAAUGCUGGAUUACCGGGGGGUGAACAGCUUCUUCGAUUACCUAACCAACUCUGACAAUGAUCACUGCUAUUCCUGGGUUGAGUUUGGUGGAGAAAAGAUCCCAAUUCCUUCUCAGAGUGAAAAGGAAUGUGCUGAUGAAGUGCGGAAAGCUAAGUACAUUUGCUUCAACGAAGAGUACAAGAUGACCCAUGACCCAUGCCUUGUGUACAGUUUUGACAAGGAUGCUGACAGUCAGUUUGAGAGGGACAUGCAACUUUUUAGCUGUGAGGUGCAUGCUUUUGAUCCUGAGCGGGUUAUGGAAGGAGAGCACGUGCAGAGAUCAGAAUUUUGGAAAGAACAUGCCUGGACCAUCUCAGAAAUGCCCUAUGAUAAAUCUGAGGACAACGGACAUGUCCAACGACGACGCUCACUAGAUUACAUGCUGUCAGCCCUUGGCCAUUUGGGUAAGGAAAUUAAAUACCUCAAGAGUGACCUGGAGGGGCGUGAGUGGAUUCUACUGAAACAGAUUAUAAUGCACCACAAGCUGGCGGAUGUCAGGCAGAUUGGAGUAAGGCUGCAUGUUCCAACCACAGUCAAUAAGAUGAGUGGUGAAGCCAGGCACCAAUACUUUGCAAGGCUAUUCCUAGUGUUCCAGGGACUUCAGUGUGCCGGAUACAAGUAUAUCCUGGGCCGCCCUAUACGUUACUACAAGGGUGCAGUUCAGAUACCAGAGAUGAACAGAACAUUCUACCCUGCUUAUGAAGUUAAUUGGGCAAAAAUUCUUUAAAAGUAUGUAAUGAUACAGGGUGUGGCAGAAGUAUCUCUCAUAAUUUAAACUCUCACCCACAUGUGGCUAUAAUAACCUUGUGCAAGUCCCAGUGAUGUCUUUAUUUAGCUAAUAACUUAACAUGUUUAUAGAUACCCUCAUGUAAUGAUAUGGUCUGAACUGGUGCACAUUGUGAUUUUGAUAAACAAAGUUUUUAGAAAACAAACUUUUCAAACUCAUUUCAAAUGUUAGGUCAGAAUGAUGUUAUUCUGAAUAGAAAAACAAUACUGCUGUGGGUUGCAAAUUUUGCUUAUUCACACAACCUGAGGGAUGAAAGUGAUCAUCAUCUGUGAGCAAAACAGUAUUUAAAUAAACAUUCUGAAUAUCAUCAUCACAUCAUGACAAACGAACUUCCCAUUUUCAUUUAUCGUAUACAUUUUCAAAGUAAUAAUCAAUUUGUAUGGAUGAAACUUCUGCACUGUUCAUUCAGGUGAUUCCAAGGGAGAAGCAUGUUUAUCAGGUGAACAUGUAGAAAAUUGAACAACAGAAGGUCUCAACUCUAACAUGUUCUGAAGUUUGAACAUCUCAUAAGUCUUCUAGGUGGUUUUCCUUAACAGCUAAGCCUAUGGCUCUGAAAUUUGCAAUCCACAGCAAUAUUAUUAUUGUUUUUUCUCCUGCCUGGAAUAGCAUAAUUCCAAUCUAACAUAUAAUGAAAUGGAAAAGUACUCAUAUGUUACAAUUACUGAUUUACCAUACAUACUUUAAAAAAAUGUUUUUACAGCAGAAUCACAAUUUGUACCAAUGUAAACAAUAUUGCUAGAUGAGUUAUAUGAAAAAUAGAAAAAUAAAAAUGUUAAGGCAUUAGAUAAAUGAAGACAUUGGCACUAUCACAAUUUCAUUAACAACACAUAGGUUAAAGUUUAAAAUAUAGAAGGUAUUUAUGCCACACUCUGUAUAAAGAUUUGUUAUAGAUCAUUAUUUUUUGUAGAACUAUAAAUCUGCAACAUCUUUUCCAAAUAAGAAUCUUGUUGCAAAUAAAAGUGUUGGAUAUAAUUAAGAUGUAUGUUGGAUUGUAAAAAGAAAUACAAUUAAGAAAAAAAAAAGAUGUUGAUAUGGUGAUUGGAAGGAGCUACACAUACUAGUGAUUGGAAGGAGCUACACAUACUAAAGUCUCCACACACUCUGCAUGUGCAUGAGCAGUCUUGCUUCUUGACUGGUUGGAGAAGUCUUGCUAACUUAACAUAAUCUAGCCAAGAUAAUGUGUUGCAAUGAAUGAGGCAUUAUCCAGUAAUUUGGUACAGAAUAGUUAGAUUAGGUUUUGGAUAAGUUAAGUUAAGCUAAAGGUUAGGUUAAGUUAGCUGAUGAGAUGGUGUUAGCCAAUUAUGAGAUAAAAUUGCUCUCACCUGCACUGUGCGCAAUGAGUGAAUGCAGCUCCUGCCAUGGUGUUCUGUGGUAGUAAAUAUUUGAUACAUCUAUGAUGUAAAAUAAUGCAUAAUUUAUUUAGAAAUUUAUUUUGCCAUUGCUUUAUUCAUAAUCCAAAUUGCCUUACUAUAAGAAAUGCAGUACAUUCAUGGAUUAGGUCUUAUACUGAUUCCUACUUUCUUCAGCCCUUUUAAAAUAUCUUUCCUAAAGCUAUGAUAGAUUAUUGAAGAGUCAUUUCAGUUCACUAUUUAUGGUGUGACAACUGACAAUAAGAGAAUAAAAAUUUGACUAGAAUUUAUGAGAGGAGGUUGUUGUGAAUGUUGUUCUCUUCACAUAUAUCAUGAAAAAUACACAAAUGUUUCUCUUCUCCGGCACUCUCUUAACCUUACUGAGUUUAUCAGUAUAUAACCUAUAUAAUGUUGUACCAUACCAAAUAUAAAAUUUGAAAUCUCCACAAAUAUUAUGUCCAAAUUUAAAAGCCAACAUAAUAUAAAAUUCAUCUUUCUUGUAAAGCAAUUUACACUAAUGUUCAAAUUUCUUUAUAGUAAUAUAAGAAAAAAAAAUUAAGAUUACAAAAGAGCAGCUGACCAAUACAAAGCCACUUCUGAAGAUUUAAAGCUCAAUGUCACCAUCUUUCAUAUAUCUAAAGUAAUUGCUAUAACAAAUAUGUUGUUUAUGAUUAAAACUUAUGGAAUACAUAAAAAUGAUCUCAAAUAAGCAAAUUAUGAUCCAUUCUGAUGUUUAUGUAAAAAUAUAUCACAGCAAAUGUAUAUAAUUUCACAGCUGGAAAACUUUCUACACAUUCAUUCUAUAAAGAGUCUCCCAUAACUCAACAAAUUUCUUCAUGAAAGAAUCCUUCCAUUCACACUAAAUUUAUUAUGUUGUGAAAUGAAAAGAAAGGACAAGUACUGCAAAUAGGUUAUGCAUUUAGCUAACAAUUUCAAUCAAUACUACUUAAAACAAGAGUAUUUGCCUAU